ACUUCUAAUUGUUUUUCUCCUUUUCUCCCAGGUGUCUAUCUUAGAAAGGCGCAACACGGCAGGCAGGGUGGUCUAUAAAACUCUGGAAGAUCCCUGGACGGGGAGCGAGAAUGAUAAAUUCAUCCUUUUGGGUUAUCUCGACCAACUGCGGAAGGACCCAGCUCUCCUGUCCUCGGAAGCUGUGCUCCCUGAAUUGACCGAUGAGCUUGCUCCUAUUUUUCUCCUUCGGUGGCUGUACUCUGCCUCUGACUACAUCUCAGACUGCUGGGAUAGCCUCUUUCACAGCAACUGGGCCCGCAAUAUGAAGAAACAGGCCAUUGAUGAUUUCAUCACCCAAAACAAGUAUCUAUUGGCAGCCAGGCUCACCAGCCAGAAGUUGUUCCAUGAACUCUGCCCCGUGAAACGGUCUCACCGACAGAGGAAAUACUGUGUGGUUUUACUGACCACUGAGGCUGCCAAGCUGAGCAACCCGUUUGAGGCCUUCCUGUCCUUCGCCCUGGCAAACACACAGGACACGGAGAAAGCCGGGAAGACGGAGCCCAGCUUCACCAAAGAAAACAGCAGCAAGAUUCCCAAAAAAGGCUUCGUGGAGGUAACUGAACUUACGGAUGUGACGUACACCAGUAACUUGGUGCGCCUGAGGCCAGGCCACAUGAACGUGGUCCUUAUCCUGUCGAAUUCCACCAAGACCAGCCUGCUACAGAAAUUCGCUUUGGAGGUUUACACGUUCACCGGGAGCAGCUGCCUACACUUCUCCUUCCUAAGUCUAGAUAAACACAGAGAAUGGCUCGAGUACUUAUUAGAAUUUGCCCAAGAUGCAGCCCCGAUCCCAAACCAGUAUGACAAGCACUUCAUGGAACGGGACUACACUGGUUAUGUACUGGCUCUGAAUGGCCACAAGAAAUACUUCUGCCUCUUCAAGCCCCAAAAAACAGUGGAAGAGGAGGAAGCCAUGGGGGCCUGCGGCGGUCUUGACUCUCCAGUCCAUCUGGGUGAAUCUCGGGGGAAAUCUUCCUGUGGCCUUGGAUCCAGGCCCAUCAAAGGAAAAUUGAGCAAGUUGUCCUUAUGGAUGGAACGCCUGUUGGAAGGCUCCUUACAAAGGUUUUAUAUCCCAUCUUGGCCUGAACUAGACUGAGGAUUUCAAAAAGAGACUUAAACUCUUCAGGCUUUUUAACAGGCCCCUGCAAACAGGUAUUUUCAGGACUCAGACUAUCACAACGGACAGAGUAUAGAUUUUAGAUGAUUCUUCUAGAACAAUGGCUAGAAGAAUCUUUCCUUUGUCCUGUUCUAACCUAGGAGUAAAAAACACCACCAGUUGAAUUCCCUAGAUCAAAAGAUUUUCCUUUGGGGUUUUUUUCUCCUCAUUUGAAUGCCGCACUAUUUGAAACAGACUGCUCAUUUCCUCCUCCUCUGUGGUCCCCUUCCCAGCUCACAGCGCCCUCCCCUGUCCUGUCGGCUCUGGGAGAAGCGCAGGUGCUCACCCUGUGGCGGUACCUGGACGGAACCCCGCAGAGCCUGGUGUGCUGGUCGCUGGUUGGGCCAUUGACCUCCCCUCCCCCUCCCGGCCCGCUGUGCUUCUGCCACAGUGCAUGCUGUAACGGUGGAGGACCCACCGCAGCUUCUAGGCCCCGCAUCUUGAAAGGGGCCUGGUUCCAAGCAAUCAUGCAUUUGGUGGUUUUUCUGGUAGUAAGUAGCUGAAGUAUGUACAUUUGGGGGGUAUCCCCCUACAGCAGUUUGUCAGCCAUGGUUUUAAAAGGUUAGGAUGAAUGGGGGUUCUGCGUGUGAGCUUGGUUUUCUUCCCAAGGCAAGAAAAGGGAGGACUGGGCAAUGACUGAAGGGACGGACCCCUUGGUGAGCGUCCCACCAGCCGCCUCCCCAGCACUAAAUGUAGCCUGGAAGGAUCCACGCCGCAAGAAGUACUGUGAUGACGUGAGCCGUUUACAUUUUCGGAUGCCUUUCUGCCUCUGUGAGUUUUAGGGUAUGGAUAUUAGGAGCCAUAAUUUUAAUCUUGUUCUCUGAACGUAGAGAUAAGCUGCUAUAAUCCAGUAGAUGUUCAACUGAAGACACAUUAUUCCCACCUGCCAUGAGUCAGGCUCAAGGAACCUUUUCACUCCCACUCCAGUGGUGUCUCUUUAGUAAAAUACCACACUUGUCUUUGUAUCAAGGAACCUAACAAUUGUAUUUUGAACACUGUUACCCCAAAAGUGCUGGAUCUACAAGUUCUCUUUUGUGACAAGUGAACCAAGACUUGUUCUAGGCUCCUGUUUUGCAAAAAGCUUAACUUUGAGCUUCUGGCCUAUAUUUUGAUGUCUCAUCUUAAUUGUUUCACUCGUAACUUACGGCUGCUUCACUAGUAACAGGGUCAGACCUAUCAUCAGCUUGCUGAGCUGCAGCGUACGAUGGACUCCAGGCUGAAUCAUGCCAGCCAAUUAGAGGGCUUACCUUUUCUUUUCAGGGCAAAACCACCAAUGGCAUUUGGACGACCUCGAAGAGCGGUCUGUUCAAAUUCAGAGCAAAUUGCCCUUUAAAGGCAAUUUGUAAAGUGAAGGGUCAAAAUCAGCGAUGGGACAAAAUAAGGUAGUAUUUUCUUUAAACAUAAUUGCUUUAAACUAAGCUAUUUGGAUCCUGAAUAAUUUAAAUAUUGAGCUACAGUAGCAAGUCAUAAAUUACUUGAGCCAGGAAUUCCUCUAGUUUUCACGGAAUCUAUAGCUUUAUGGAAAAAAUAAAUAAAUCACUACCAGGCUUCAUUUUGCCUCGUGAUCCUCUAAAAGUGGAUGCUUACUGAUUACCAUAUCUCACGUCACCUGGCCAGGUAGAAAGAUCCCAGAAUUCAUUUGGAUGCUUGAUGCACCCAUCUUCAAAAUUAUUCUCUGAGUUGUCUAUGGCCAGGUUGCUUAUAUGAGUAUGAUUUGGUUCAGUGAUAGGUUUUCAUUUUUAAUUUCUGAUGUUAGUGGGAUUCCUGACCUUAAUUUCCGAAAACCAAAACUCCCCAGAUUUGUUCAUUUAAAAAAUGUUUUAUCAUUAAAAUAUAAAGCACCUUCAGACAGCUGUACCUUCCACUUGUGCUAAGAAAGGAGAGUGAUAAUAGGAUUGAAGACAUUCCUGGCAUAUAUUUCAGUCCAAAAACUCUUCCACAGACCUCUUUGGGGGCUGGUAGAUCUGUCUCCCAAGAGGACACUAAGGAGCUUUUAUUUUUAAAAUGAACUUUCCCCUUGAUCACCCACUUUUUUCCUCCUGAAUCCUGUUCCCAUUAAUUUGUUACUUUUGUGUCAAAUGCCCGAGCCAUCAUCAUGCUCAGCCAGUGCCACCAUUUCUCCUUCUGAUGUCUGUAAUCACACGGACCCAGUUUGGGUUUUAACCUCCUAGUCUUCCAUAUAUGUAUCUUGGCAACAUUGAUGAAUUUCUAGGUAGGUUUCACUGGUUGAUAAAGACUAUGUAUCAGGUUUUACUGGUUGAUAGAGACUAUGUAUCAUGUUUAGCAGAUGGGGAUGAAAGCUGGCCUUAAAAAAAAAAGUUUUUGUAGAAUACAUGCCCAUUUGAAAAAUAUUGUUUUAUUGCUGGGGUGUCAGUUGCACAAUUUUAUCUAACAGAGAGGUGGGCAGCAAUUUCAAUGCACAAGACUGCCCCAACUUCCAUUAGACACCACGGUCUCACUGUCAUCACUUACCAUGAAAAUUUGGUUGUAGUUUUCAAACAGUAGGUUGAUUUCCUCCUCAUUCAGUACAUAAAUGUUUUCCUGCUAUCAAGAAAAAUGGGAUCUGAAUGUGUUUUAAGUGAUUUGCUUUGUUUGGGAAAUGGGCUUAGACGUAAACCCACAAAAUUUUUUUAAAGUAAAAUUCUCUGAAAGCUGAUGCAAAACAUUUGAACAAAUGAGACAUUGCUCACAUCCAAAUACCUGCCAUUGUCCUUGGAAAACAAAUGCAGUGCGGCAGCUGCUGCAUCUCUGUUCAGUUUGUCAAGGAAAAUAAUUAUACUUUCGAGACAGAUCUGAAAAGAAGGUGAAUAUUUUGCACUUUUGAUACUCUUAGGAACAAAUAACUUAUUUGGCAAAUGGUGUCUUUUUUAUGUUGUUUUUGUGUUUUGUAUUGUGAACAGGCAUUGAAGCUGAUGUUAUUUUCGUUUUAAGAAUAUUACCAACUGGAAACAAAAAUAAACUAUUUUAAUGUGUGA